GCCCUGUUGUCACCGUUAUUUAUCUCGCGCAUGCGCGCUGGCGCCGGUUUCCUGCUUUUCGAAUGAGUACCUGUGCUGUUUUUUUUUUAACCCACCUCCGACGUGUGUGUGUGUGUGUGUGUGCGUGCGUGUGAGAGAGAGAGAUCAGGAUAUGCUCUUCCGUUGUUUUUCUCCCCCCCCCAACCCGCUCUCUCACCCACUCCCGUUAUUCCUCAGCGCCGAAGGAGACAUCCGUCCUUACCUGUCUGGGCUGCACACCUGAGCGGACUCACCUGUCCGGCGAAACACGUCUCUGUGCCUUUUCUCGUUUUAGUCAGCGCUGCCAGGAGAACCGGGGGGGGGGACAAAGGUGUGAACCGGCGACGAAAAAGAGGAUUUAAUCCGGAUCAAGCUGACGAAACGAGGAGAAAAGGUGUGAGGAGGAAGGAGAACAGGGGACCGACACCUUCCAUGUUUUUCUUCCAACUGUGGAGUUUCCUGCUUUUGUAACUUUUAGUUCACUUCACGUCGCUUCAGGCGACUUUGACACCAAAAAAAAAACCCAAACCCCCCGAGAGACUUGUCAAUUAAUCCAGAAUGCCGCGGACCUUUCUGGUGAAAAAGUCCAAUGUUUCGCCUGGAAAGCGGAACUGGAGCGAAGUCCCCGAUCACGAGCGAGGCGACGUCUACGUCCCAGUCUCCAUCUUCCCGUCCUCCGUCCUGAUGACGGGGGCCGAAGCCAGCCCCGCCGAGAUGACCCCGCUCUGCCUCACCACGCGGUCGCCCCGCGAGGCGCAGCCGCGCGCCGAGCUGCCGUCCAGCACCGUGCUGGGCCGGCCGCGGAGCCCGGCGCCCUCAGCGGGGGGGAGGACCGACGUCAGGAGGCGGGCGCAGGCCGGCUCCACGUACGUCCGGUCCAAAAUGAAGAUAACCACGGGCGACUCCCCUCCUCUUCCUCCUCCUCCCCCUCCUCCCCUCUCUCUCCCCCCCAUCCCCUCCCUGCCAAGCCUCAUGCCACAUGCCACUGAGAUGCCGGUCGCCUUAACGUCCACACCUGAACCCGUGGAAGCGGUCUCCAUGGUGACCAGAUCGACGGGUCAAAGCCAGAGUUUGCUGACGGGGAUGAAGGGACCUACGGGGGCGUACGUGUGCCACGUUUGCCAGAAGACCUUCUCGUACCAGCGCAUGUUGAACCGGCAUCUCAAGUGCCACAACGACACCAAGAGGCACCUGUGCAGCUUCUGCGGGAAGGGCUUCAACGACACCUUUGACCUCAAGAGACACGUCCGCACGCACACAGGCGUCCGGCCCUACAAGUGCACGCUCUGCGACAAGGCCUUCACCCAGCGCUGCUCCCUGGAGUCCCACAUGAAGAAGAUCCACAGCGUCACCCAGAAGUACGCCUACAAGGAGCGGCGCAACAAGCUGUACGUCUGCGAGGAGUGCGGCCUCACGGCGGCGACUCAGGACGCGCUGCUGCUGCACCUCCACUCGCUGCACCCCGACAGCGCCCUGCUGAAGGGGAAGGCGGCGAGGAGGGCCGCGGGAGGGGGAGGAGGCGGCGGCGCCGAGGGCGAGGGAUCGUCGCCGGGAUCCCCUCAGGGAGCCGACAGCGAUGACACCACAGGGUCGGCGGGGCAGUAGAGGGGCGGGGUGAUCGAGACGUGAGGACAUAUAAGUGAAGAAGUGGUACAGGAUGCAUGUCAGAAAGGAAAUGUAUAUAAAUGUAUGAAUGUGCGCGUGUGGAUCUGGGAAUCUCUGUAUAUCACACACUCCGACUUUAAUGAAACUAAGCGCCAACAAAGGCCCCCCGACUCCCACUAACCGGCCUACGUUUUUUUACGUGUGAUUGUGGUGCGGAAGAGCUCUUAAACAUGUACAACAAUACCAAUCUUUUUUCUUCCUCUGACUAUUUCCUGUGAAAAAGAGAGAUUUUCUAUGAAAAAAAGUACUUUGUUCAUUAAAGGGAGUAAUAUAUUA